AUGGCUGCGACGAAGCUUGCCGCCGUAGUCACCUUGCUCUCGUUCCUCGGGCCCGUGGCGUGCCAGGGCUCCAACAGUUCGCCCAUUUGCUUGGGAGGGUGGCUUCGCCCAGUCAAAGUCUUGAACUUCUUACUCUGUCCUCCGGGCUCGAGCCGUAAGCCUCCUCCAGGGCCGAGCCCUGCUCCCUCGGCACCAUCGCUCAGCGUCGGCUACUACAACUACGCGUGCCCUAACGCGGAAAAGAUCGUGAGGGACGUCGUGGAGAACGCCACUUGCAAUGACCCUGGCGUUGGCGCAGGGCUCAUUCGUCUCUUCUUCCAUGACUGCUUUGUCCAGGGGUGUGAUGCUUCCGUUCUCCUAAAGAACACGAGCGGCUCCAGCGAUGAGACGGAGAUGUUCGGCGCGCCCAACGUAAACAGCCUCCGCCAGAGCGCCUUCAAGGUGAUCGACGACGCCAAGGCGGCGCUCGAGGAGGCCUGCCCCAACAAUGUUUCGUGUGCCGACAUCGUCGCCUUCGCCGCCCGCGAUGCGUCCAACAUUCUCAGCUACGGCAAGAUCAGCUUCGCGAUUCCGGCCGGCCGCUACGAUGGGCGCGUGUCCCUCGCCAGUGAGGCCAACCAGAACCUGCCCGGGCCGUCCGAGGACCUCCAGCAGCUCAAGGCCAGCUUCGCCUCCAAGGUGCUAGACACCAACGACCUGGUGACGCUCUCCGGCGCGCACACCAUCGGCCUCGCCCGUUGCAUGUUCAUCUCCAAUCGCCCGGGCAUGAACGCCACCCUCGCCAUCGAGCUGAGUCAGAAGUGCAGCAGUGGCGAUAGCACCAGGGUGAAUCAAGACUACAAGACCCCCGACGUCCUGGACAGCCAGUACUACCAGAACGUGAACGACAACGACGUGCUGUUUGACUCGGACGCUGCGCUCAGCUCGGCGGAAACGCAACCGCUGGUGAAUACCUUCGCGAAAAAUUUGAAGGAGUGGGAGAAGGAGUUCGCGGAUGCGAUGGUGAAGAUGGGCAACAUCGGGGUCAAGACCAGCGCCAACGGCGAGAUCAGGAAGACAUGCUCGAUUUACAACAGCUAGAGAGUCUGGCGGUUGGCUAUAU